CCUCCCACGCCCUCCCCCGUCUUCUCACGCCCCGCCGUCCUCGGUGCAAGAGAAACCGCGAUCCGCCCCGAGCUCGAUCUCAAGUGAUAUCCGAACAGUCUCGCUCUGCUUGCAUCUCGCACGUCCCUUGAUUUGAUAUCCGAGUCCGCUCGUCCCGCCGUCCAAUUCAAAGCCAGCAAGCCAGCAAGCCAAGCACGUAACUGAUCUACCAUGGCUAGUGGAGUUGGAGUUCAAGACGCCGCCAUCGAGGCCUAUCAGGAUCUCAAGAUCCGCAAAAAGUACCGCUAUGUGGUGUACCGAUUAACCGACAACGCGACCGAGAUCACCGUCGAGCGAAAGGUUGAGCAGGCCAACUACGAGGACUUUGUCAACUCGCUGCCCCCGAACGAGUGCCGAUACGUGGUUUACGAUUUCCAGUACGAGACCUCUGGCGAAGGCACUCGCAACAAGAUCCUGUUUUACGUCUGGUCUCCCGACUCGGCCAAGAUCAAGCCCAAGAUGCUGUAUGCAUCCAGCAAGGAUGCCCUUCGCAAGAAGCUCGACGGCAUCUACACCGAGAUCCAGUGCACAGAUCUCUCCGAGGUCAGCUACGAGGCCGUUUUCGACAAGGUCACUCGUAUGACAAGUUAAGUGACCCGCUGGCUUUCAAGGCCGACACCGAUCCUCGUUGACGAAACCCCUCGCCAACGGGCCGGCCGGCGGUCAUAAUACGCCACCUC